UUAUCCAUUAUUACAGUCCAACAAAAAAGUAUCCAAGAAUAACGUCUGAACGACGCGUUCGGACUGUUUCGCGGCAGGAAAAUGUUUUUUUCAAGCUUAUUUUUGGACACCCAAACAAACGCCGCUACUUUGGCACAGUAAGUUUCUCCAGACGCACUUGUUUGCGCCAUGGCGCAGAGCAGUAGCCGCGCUCUCGUCGGAGAAAGUGCGGAAAUGAAUGAAACGAGUUCUCUGAAGGAUUUGGGAGAGCUUGACGAGGAUUUCGGUUUUGGAGAUGAUCUGGAGCUGAACCAGUUUGAUGGCCUUCCCUACUCCUCCCGGUAUUAUAAACUCCUGAAGGAGAGACACCAGCUCCCUAUCUGGGAAUCGAGACAGGAGUUUAUGACCGUUUUAGAAACCAAUCAGCUCGUCAUCAUCUCGGGUACAACAAAAACUGGUAAAAGUACACAGGUUCCGCAAUGGUGUGCAGAGUUCUGUCUGUCAGCACAGUACCAGCAUGGUGUCGUGGUGUGUAGUCAGAUCCAGAGACAGCAGGCUGUCGAUUUGGCCCUGCAUGUAGCUGAUGAGAUGGAUGUCAAUAUUGGCCAUGAAGUGGGCUACAGCAUUCCACUGGAGAACUGCUGCUCCACUGACACUAUUCUCAGGUACUGUACUGAUGACGUGCUGCUGAGGGAGCUGAUGUCCGACCCGUUACUGGAGCACUAUGGAGUGGUUGUGAUUGAUCAGGCUCAUGAGCGCACCGUGAGCACAGACCUCCUUAUGGGUCUGCUUCGGGAAGUGCUUCUGCAGCGUGCAGAGCUUCGGGUGGUGCUGUUAUCUGUCCUGCCAGCUUCUCACACUCUCCUCACACACUUUAGCGGUGCAGCUUACCUGCACGUCGAGGCAUCGCGCUCACCUCAAGUCCUUCACAGCAGCCGAGAAGGUACAGACAGCUUCUGCGCAGCUCUGAGACUUAUCCUGGAGGUGCACCGGACCAAAAAGCCCGGGGACAUCGCCGUGUUCCUCGCUUCAGAGCAGGAUGUAGGGUGUGCCUGUAGUCUUCUGGCUAAAGAAGCAUCCAGGUUGAGCAGUAAUCUUGGAGAGCUGGUGCCAGUGGCAGUAUGCCCAGGCCAUGCUGGGAUCUGUCCUCCAAUCACACAGCACCAAAAGAGAGGCAGGAGGGUCUUUCUGUCCUGCAGUCAAUCUGAAGACAUGUUUUGGUCGGUGGACACGGUCAGUUUUGUGAUUGACGCUGGAGUCGAGAAAAGAUUUGUGUAUAACCCACGGUUGCGAGCCAGCUCUGAGGUGAUCAGACCCAUCAGUCGAUGUCGAGCAGAGAUCCGUAAACAGCUGGCUGGAUCAGCAGGGAAGUGUUUCUGCCUGUACCCUGAGGAGACAGAACUCUGUGCUGAGAUUCCUGCUCGGAUCCUAGAAGCAAACAUCACCUCGGCUGUGCUCUUCCUCAAGAGGAUGGAGGUGGCUGGAAUUGGGCGCUGCGACUUCAUCAGCAGGCCGGAUCCUGAAUGCUUGAUGCAAGCUUUAGAAGAGCUGGAUUAUCUUGCAGCUUUGGAUGAUGAUGGAAACCUUUCUGAGAUCGGGAUCAUAAUGUCCGAGUUGCCUUUAGACCCUCAGAUGGCUAAAGCUCUGUUAGCGUCAUGCGAGUUUGAUUGUACCAGUGAGGUGCUAACCAUUGCAGCCAUGUUAGCAGCUCCAAGCUGCUUCCUAGAGCCUCCUGUUGGCAUGGAAACAGAAGCGAUGCUGUGUCACAUGAAGUUGUAUCAUCCAGAGGGAGACCACUUCACUCUGAUCAACAUCUACAAUACUUAUAAGUCCAGUCAGAGAGAGCCAUAUUUCACACAGGAGAAGUGGUGUCAGGAUUACUUUCUUUGCUGCGCGGCUCUACAGACUGCAGACGCCAUAAGGGCCGAGCUCACUGACAUUCUGAAGAGACUGGAGCUCCCGAUCUCCGCACCAGCCUUCGGCACCAAAACCAACACAUUCAACGUCAAGAGAGCGCUGCUGGCUGGGUUCUUCAUGCAGGUUGCUCGUGAUGUGGAUGGCUCUGGGAACUAUUUCAUGCUGACCAAUAAGCAUGUGGCACAGCUUCACCGUCUGUCAGCUUAUGGGGCCAAAGCGCACAAACUUGGCCUGCCUGAGUGGGUGCUGUUUCACGAGUUCACACUCAACAGUGGAAACUGUAUCCGUACCAUCACACAAAUCUCACCCAUGGUGUUCACGGAAAUGGCACCACAGUAUUUCUUCUCCAACCUGCCUCCUAGUGAGUGUAAGGAGCUUUUGCAGCAUAUUUUGGACAACAAGGUGGUAGGGAGUAAUAAGAGCAGACAGAAAAUUCAGUCUGUUAUAACAGACACAACAAAAGGAGAGGAGUCUCAGUCUUUUGACAGAUGUGUGAUCCAGUAAUAUUAAUGCACAGGCUUUAGUC